AUGAAGUUCCGAAAAGUUCGUAACAGCGAUAAUACAUUCUGUGAGGAACCUCCCUCAACAAGCAACAAAAGGCAGAUCUCGACCCGCGCAUCAGAAACGCGAGCAUAUGAUAUCAUAAAAGAGUUCGAAGAAGGAUUGGAUAACACACAGAGCCCUGUUUCCGUAAGCUCAAACGUUGUGAUGGUGUUAUCAUUUCUUUGCCUGAUAUCUCCAAACCUGGCUACAAAAGCACUAACACCACUCACUAAUGUCUUAUGCAAGAAAGGUGUGGUCAGAAUAAUACCACUAGGCCAGCCUUUCGAACUUUGUUUCAACAAUGAAUGCAAGAUUUUCUCAGAUCACAAUAAGAAUCUGAGAGCAAGAAUCCACUGUUGGCCAGCUGGUGCCAUUGCUACAGUGGCAGUGAUUGUUUACUUGUGUGAUGGUGCGAAGGAAUUAUAUGACUCCUUCUUUAUGCACUGUUAG